CACACACACACACACCGCGCGGCUCCGGGACACUCAACUGCGCUCUGACAAACCUUCAGAAACUCCGGUCCAAGUGGCCCGGUUCCGUCUCCACUCACACGGGAGCAGGAGGAGAGACACCUCUCCUUCAAAUGGGAACAACGCCUGCAACUUUAGCCUCUCCCUGACGUGCUAAGUCCAGCAACGAUGCCGGAGCGAAUCAGUAUCUCGGACUUUGUGGUUCUGACCAACGAGGACUUGUCGUCACCGGCGACUUCAUGCUUCCAGUCCAAGAUGAGCGACUGUCGGAACACGGUUUGGACCGUGGAAGAGUCACUAGAAACGGACCACACAACUCUACAGAGGAUGAAGAAGAUGAUUAAAGCAAUCCAUAGUACUGGGAUGAAUCACGUGGAGAACAAGGAGCAGUACAUCGAGGUGCUGGAGAACCUGGGCAACAGCCACCUCACCCAGGACAACAACGAAGUCUCCACAGGCUUCCUGAACCUGGCUGUGUUCACCAGAGAAGUGACUGCUCUGCUCAAAAAUCUGGUGCAGAAUCUCAACAGCAUCAUGGCCUUCCCUCUGGAGAACGUGCUGAAGUCUGAACUCCGUGACAGCAGACUGGAGCUCAAGAAACAGAUGGAACGGAGUUGGAAGGAGUACGACGUGAAAAUAGGCAAGCUGGAGAAGGAGCGCAAGGAGAAGAGCCGGCAGCUGGGUCUGAUCAGGACUGAGGGGGGGUCAGAUGGAGGGGAGGACAUGGAGAGAGAGAGGAGGACCUUUCAGCUGCAGAUGUGUGAGUACCUUCUGAAGAUCCAGGAGCUGAAGGUCCGACAGGGCCCUGAUCUUCUGCAGAGCCUCAUCAAAUAUUUCCAGGCCCAGCUCAGUUUCUUUCAGGAUGGUCUGAAAGCUGCUGAGAAUUUGGCGCCGUUCAUUGAGAAGCUGGCGUCCUCUGUUUCCACGGUGCGUUCGGACCAGGACGAGGAAAUGAAACAGCUCACGCAGUUGAGGGAUUCUCUUCGCCUGCUGCUCCAGGUGGAGGGCAAGGAGGAGUAUCUGAACAGGAAGAACUCCGGUAAUGGCUACAGCAUCCACCAACCCCAGGGCAACAAGAAAUACGGCACGGAGAAGUCUGGUUUCCUGCUCAAGAAGAGUGACGGGCUGAGAAAAGUGUGGCAGAAGAGAAAAUGUGGAGUCAAAUUCGGCUGCCUGACCAUCUCCCACAGCACGAUCAAUCGUCCGCCAGCCAAGCUGAACCUCCUGACCUGUCAGGUGCGACCCAACCCAGAGGACAGAAGGACCUUUGACCUGGUCACUCAUAAUCGGACGUACCGCUUCCAAGCAGAGGAUGAGCAGGAAUGCAUGAUCUGGGUGUCGGUGCUACAGAACAGCAAGGAGGAGGCCCUGAACACAGCAUUGGGAGGAGAUCAGCUCCACCUUCAGGACAGUGGACUCCAGGAGCUGUCCCGCUCCAUCAUCGCCGAGCUCCGCCACAUGCCGGGAAACGAGGCCUGUGCUGACUGCGGCGCUCCAGACCCGACGUGGCUGUCGACUAACUUGGGCAUCUUGACCUGUAUCGAGUGUUCGGGGAUACACAGAGAGCUGGGAGUCCACUGCUCCAGGAUCCAGUCUCUGACACUGGACCUCCUCAGCACGUCAGAGCUGCUGCUGGCGGUCAGUCUCGGCAACACCCGCUUCAAUGACAUCAUGGAGGCAGCGCUCCCAAAUGACUCGGUCAAACCUCUGCCUCACAGCGACAUGAACGCAAGAAAAGAGUACAUCGUAGCGAAGUACGCCGAGCGCCGGUACGUCCUCCGCAGAGAGGAGGCGGAUCCCGGUCUGCUGUACGACGCGGUGAAGAGUCGAGAUAUCUGCGCGCUUCUGCAGCUCUUCGCUGAGGGAGUGGACCUCUCCAAACCACCCACGUUGUCUGAUGGACAGGGCAUCAAGGAGACGGCCCUUCACCUGGCGGUGCGGCUGGAGGAGAAGAGUUCUCUAGCGCUGGUGGAUUUCCUCUGUCAGAACAGCAACUGUCUGGAGAAGAGAACCACAGAGGGAAACACGGCGCUGCACUACAGCGUCCUGCAUCACAAGCCCGAGUCGCUCAAGCUACUCCUGAAAGCAAAGGCUUCUCUCCAGAUAGUGAACUCUGCGGGCGAGACGGCUCUGGAUAUUGCCAGGAGGCUGCAGCACACUCAGUGUGUGGAGCUGUUGGAGCUGGCGCAGAGUGGAAAGUUCAACUCUCAGAUCCACGUGGAGUUCCCGUGGGAGACGCCGUCCCAGGAGCUGUACGACAGCGAGGACGACCUGGAUGAGCGGGUGAGUCCUUUACCCAAAAAAUGCUCUCCACCAACCAACCGAGGGAAUGGAGCUUCCUUCGCUCGCUGGAGCGUUGCCAGUGGCCACUCCAGCUCUCGACCUUGCCAGACCUAUGAGAACAUCGACUUCCUAUACAAAAAUCCUCCAGCCAACAGCGCCCCCUCUGGAGGAUUGAUGCCACCACCACCACUUCCUGUGAAAGUCCAGAGAGGUCGCUCCGACCCGCAGAUCUCGGUCUCGACUCAGGAAGGUGGCGCCACUCCCCCCCGCCGCGCCUCCAACUCGGCGCACUGCUCCAGUCCACAGCCUCAGACCAAACACGCGCCCCCCUCUCCAAGCGCGGAGACUCAAAACCAGGCGGGAAAACACCUGAGGUCUGCACACGGCCGGGGGCUGAAGCAAACUUCAGACUCCUCGUCGCAACACAGCCUCGCGUCGUCGUCUCAGAACCACAUCGGCCCAGUCAGUUCUGAUAAGACCACGUCGUACCGUCGCACCAGCAGUGGAGGAGGGAGCCAGGCGAGGUGCAGCGUGCUGUCUCCCACCUGUGUGGGCAGUCAGGAGGAGCAGUACUGCAGCCUGGUGGGGAGCAGUCCCACUCCAUCAUCGACAUCAUCUUCCUCACCUGCCAUUGUCGCUGCACCACGCCCUCGCAGGAACGCCAUGGUGUCUGGCAGUCGCCCGCAUCAGAAGCGGGUCCAGGCUUUAGUGGACUGCAGAGCUGGCAGUACGGAACACCUCGCCUUCUUUAAAGACGAGAUCAUUGUUGUCACCGGCUCUAGUGACCCCCACUGGUGGACCGGCCACAUCGAAGGAGACUUGUCCAGGAGCGGGAAGUUCCCAGUCAACUACGUCCACAAGCUGACAGACUAGGUUCUUAUCCCCUAUGCAUGUGGACACAUCCAAGCAACUCUGCAGAGUGCAUUGCACUUCUAACCUGGAUUUACUCACAAGGAUCUACCAGUGCGGGCGACCUCAGGAUACAGUUGGCCCUGUUUUAAGGAUUUUGCUUGAACUAUCUGGAGGACAAAGGGAGAAUGAAAUGCUCUCAACCCAAGCCAGCAUGAACCGUCAUCUCACAAUAGAUAAUCCACACAACUUCUUUAUGAAAGAAACCCUUUAUAGCACUUUAUAGUUGUUAAAAAUUACCAUGGUAUUUUUGAACUGGAGGCAAAGCUGCCGGCGGAAACUUUAAGGUUGAAGACACAAACCCGGUGAAAGAGACUCCCUUUGGACUCCAAAUGCGGACCACAUUGAACCAGAACAUGGCACUUGAUGGUGGAGUGGAUACAGUUACUGUACGCAUGUGUGUAUCGCACACAGGCACACUUGCACUUCCUGUAAAUAGAGAGCAGCUGCCGGGAUUUUAGCAACCGAAAGGGAGGAAAGAGGAACGUUUUCUAUCACUGAUCGUUUUUGUGUACUAAUAAAUAUCAAGCGUAACACAUUUCAUUGAUCUUAUGUUUGUUGUUGUACAUAGUUGUCUGAAAUGAUGCGUGUAAAACAUCUGUCGUUCUGGUCUGUAAUGGAGAAAAUGACGUCUUUUAUUGUGACAGUGAGACAACCGUUACAACCGCAUGGAUCAUUGUGUCAAAGGUGUGUAAAUGUUCCACAUUAUUGGUUGUUUAAAAGCCACACAUUUUGCCAAAGCGUCUUGUGUACACGAUAACUGAAAUAAAAG